AUGGCUGAUACGACUAUUUCCGAUGGGAAGAUGAGCUACGUUGUGAAGAAGGAUUGGCAGAUAUCUAUCCCGCAAAAGAUUCUGCAGACUGAUACCGGGAUCUGGGGAGAUGAUGCGUUGGAGUUUAUUGGAGAUAGGUUCUUGAAGAUUGCUCAAGAGAAGGGAGAGGCGGUUGUUAAUGCUGCUGUCAGAGGGUUCCUUGGCUUUGGGGGUGGAAAACAUAUUUGUCCCGGUCGGUAUUUUGCGAGCGGUGAGCUGUUGGGCUCCUUGGCGCUGCUGGUUGCUGGGUUCGACGUCACGAGUUCGGACGGGGAUGCGCUCACAGUUUCGAAGGCCACUUCUGUUCCUCUUACUGGAUCUUUUGGCAAGCCGGUACCUGGCAGCGACCUGCGCGGACGGAUGCGCAGGAGAGUGGGGUGGGAAGAUGUCCGGUGUGAGGUUGUUGCAUAA